AUGGAGAGCAGCAUGAAGCAGGUGGUGAUUGAAGAGCCACUGCGGUCCCUGUGCUUCGUGCCUCGCCUGCUCUGCUACCUGCCCCGCAAGCUCCUCAGCUGCCACCACCUCAAGUGCCUCCUCAUCGUGGUGGUGGUGGUGGUCCUGCUGGUGGUCAUCAUCGCCGGCGCCUUGCUGAUGUGGCUGCGCGCGGACCAGCGGCAUGCUGACACCGUCCUGCGGAUGGGGUUGUGGAGAGGACCGGCCUGGGAAGAGGAUGUGGCCACUUUCUACCUGGACGGUGGGGAUGGAAACCCGGCCACGGUCAUCUAUGAUUACAAGAACCUGCUGGUGAGCUACAGAUCCCAGCUCCACCGCGCCUGCUACAUCACCCGCGUGGACAAGGACAACAUCCCAGGGCUGGACACCGUUGCCGAGACCUUCCAGCGCCGGCAGGCUGAAAAGAGGCUCGCCAUGCCCCUGGCUGAUCGCUCCCUCCUGGGCACCACGGCGAGCAUCCUCUGCAGCAUCAUCCCCGUCUACUGGGCUUAG